AUGCCAUAUCUGUCUGCUCCCGACACUCACGAACUUCAAUGGCACAUACCGUGCACAGCAGACACCACAUACUAUCCCACCCAGGGUGAAGCGCUGCACCGAUUGAUGCCGUUCCGGUAUCCUACAGGGCGACCCUUGCCGAAACGCAAGGCUACGGCCUACCUCCAGCCGCCACGCUUUUCCCUGGAGUCACUACUAGGAGGCCCACUGGUGUACGGAGCGCCCGGGAAUACCCGAAACACACCUCCUUCACCUCUAGCUCAGGAGUACACAAUGGGCCGACGGUCCCAGAAGCCUGAAGGCAGGGACAUCGGAGCUAUGCUCCAAAAACCCCAACAAGGCAAAGCAAGCCAGACAGGGGACAACCCAGACACAGCCUCAUCCCAGCAACCACAACAACCAGAGGAGGCUCAGAGACCAGAACCCAACCAGACACUUGAGGAAUUAAUACACCCUCCUCAGGUACUCACAGGAGGAUCAGCACCAGCCACGAAAGACGACCUCAAGGCCUUACUAACAGACCUGCACAGAAUGAUGGCAGCAGACAGGGCCCUGGCACAAAAAAAGAUCCAGGCAGUAGCCACCAAGGUACAGGCCACAGAAGGUACUAUAUGGUGCAAGCAGCGGUCACUACGCUCAGCGCCACGGUCCUCCAGCUCCAAGGUAAUCAGCACUCUAUGUUCAUGCAAAUGA